ACAUGCGAACGAAAGGAGUAACGCACAAUCAUGUUAAUUGUCCUAAAAUUCAUUUCGUACUAUUGUAAAUUGUCUAAUAUCAUCAGGAAUAUAUUAAUACAUGUGAAACAUUAAUUUAGCUACUAAUACUGGGGUAUCGUAAUUAAUGUUCCGUAGCGUAGUUUAACUGCAUGUAUGCAGCUCUGUGAAAUGCAUGAUGUAUUCCGUUCUCAGCCUUCCCGUGUUGGUGUAAUAUAACCCUUUCCUGUUUACUUUGUAAUAUUUAAAUAUUGUGUUCAUCCAUCCACCUCACAUUUUAGCAGUAGAUCUUUCUAUUUCAAUGAGAAUUAACAAAAGCUUUUGGACCUACAGAUUUUCGAACUAUGCAGACUUUCAUGUACUUCCACAUACAAAAGUAAUUAAUUCAGUCUUUUCUUGAGACUGAAUGUGGGAUAGGAUAGUCCGAGUUGUUUUAUACAUGUUGAUUUUCAUUUAAAAGGAAACCCUUGGAAGUGUAAUUGAGGGAUGUCUAGAUGGAGGCCUGUUACUUUGAAUACCAUUUUAUCACCAAUAUAUUUACAAGAAUUAAAUUCUAAGGAAGUGUAUAUUUCUGUUACAUGAUCUUAGAACCUACUUGUACAUUAAGGAGUAUCAGUACUCAAUUAAAGUAGACAAUAUGAUAAUAACCUCUACCCAUAUGUUUUAAAUUAAAUGAUGCUUAAUUCCUUGCGAUAUUUAAAGAAAUCAUAACACAUUGUAGAACCCAUAAUAUGUGCAUUUUAUAUCAGAAAAAGGGGGGUGGUUAUGCCCCAUAUUCUUGUGGGUGUUUGAAGGAAAAAAGUGUAUAUAGUAAUGGAGAUGUGUCAAGGCUGUGAACAAGAUCAAACACGUCAAGGCUGUCGAAUUCAAAGUGGAGUGUGCCUUUGUGGUAUUGGCUGUUAUUCUGAAUACCGCUACACUACAAAAGAAGAAUGCAGGAAAGCUUUAAGAGGUAGCCGUAGAGAUGUGUGCCAGCGGAACCCCUGCCACAAUGGAGGUGCCUGCAGUCAGACAUCUUUUGAACCAGGCUACCGGUGCCGCUGUGAAGGAACUGGUUAUUAUGGAAACCGUUGUCAACAUGCUUGUCCAAGUUCCAACACUGCACUGCAAGAUAAUGAAACCUUCCCAUAUGAAUGUGUGGUUAUCUAAAUAUGUACUGAACAUGCUAAAAGUGUAUUAAUUUUACGUGUAAAGGAAACAUUGUAAUUUGCCACUGGAGUGGAAAUACUGAAACUUUUAUUUAAAAGUGUUAAUAAAUUUUAUAUAUAGUACAAAGAG